CGUCGUUAAGACAAGACCUCUGUACAAAUUAUACAAAAUCUCAAUUAUAAAAAUAUAUUUAAUGAAUCAUAGAUACGUAAAUAUAUAGAUAUUAUUAAGCAAAGACUAAGAAUAUUUACACGAAGUGUUGUAAGUGAAAUAUUUUUUUGUGUAAAAAUAAUGCUUGAAAUUGUAAUCAAAAUAAAAUAAUAUAGUGCUAUGUAGUGUAACUAAAUAAGUAAAUCAACUUGAUUAUUAGCUUUAUUUCGUAGUGUAAAAUUAAGUGAAUACUUUUGAAAGGAAGAGGUUAAUAAUUUUAAAAUAAAAUAAUUUGAAGAACUUAUAGUGUUUUCCCAAGUUAAGUGAACUAUGUGAUGGCAAAAGGUGUUAAGAAGCCCAUUGACCUCGGCCGUUACGCUUAGUAACACACCCUAACAGGAACCAUGGUCUAGCGGACCCUCGUAAGAAAAAAAACAUGGAGUCGCCAAAAAUCGUUUACAAAUACUAUUCAAAUCCAGCGUUUUGUUCGCAAAGCGAGGUGGUUUUUGCCCAAAAGUCAUGUGUAACCAAAAUCGUAUCACCCGACCGGAGAAUGCCCCCCUUAGGGGGGAAUUCACCACGCAAGAUGGAAACCAACCGCAUAAUGAGAACCGAUAUAUCCGACAAUCCUCUAAGGAUUUUGCCCGGAAGGCGGGACGAACCGCCAGAAUUGCCGCCAAAACCACCGAAAUACCAGUUCCAUAGACAAGCGUCUAUGGUCUGCAAGCCGUCUCGCUCAGUCGUACGAUGUAGGACAAGGAGCGAGGAUUUAGAAAUGGCACAGUUCAGGCAAAGACAGCAAACCAAAUAUGACAGAAAUGCCGAAAGUGAUGACAAUUUAGAAGAUAGUAGAACUAGACAGAGGUACCAAAUACAAUAUGACAGAAGUAGAGACAGUGAAAUAGAAGAUAGGUUAAGGCAUAGAUACGAAAUAGAUAUAGAUGAUGGGGUGGACUAUUCUCCGACUAAGAAGAGGAUUAUAGAAGCAGAUGAGAGUGAAGUAGAAGAAUACAAUGUAGAUGGGCCAGAUGAGAAUGAGUUGAAGGAGAUACCGACGGAAAUUGUCAAGACGGUCAAUGGGAAGACCCAUAGGUACGCAAUAGUCCCAUCCGACGACGAGGACACCAGAAGGAACGUCACCUUCACAUCGCCACAGAUGAGUCAGAAGAACCUGAUAGCGACACAGAAGCUGCACGAGCUUCUGUCCACGCCACGCAAGUUGAAGAGCUACGCGAGCCAGCCUUCCGUGAGGAUCACCCCAAGUAAAGGGGAUAGUCCAAGAUAUCCUGGCACGCCUAUGAAGAUUAUAUCUAGCACACCGACUCAGGUUACUCCUUCGAAAUCUUGCGCAAACUUGACAUUAACCAGAAACAUGACCCCAGCCACAUCACCCAUUUCACCGAAAGCUCAGCAGAAGUUGAACUACGGCGUUUCAGACUUCGAUAGACAAGACGUAUUUGUGACGAGCUUCAGAGAUAAAAGAGAGAGGAGUUUCGAUAUGGACCGCAGGGAGAACAGUAGAGAAAGCAGGAGUGAAAGAAGACUGGAGCAGAGAAGGGAUAAGAACACAGCAGUUAUCAUGCCCAGGGUAGCGCCUCAAUCGCCGUCAGUAUACUCCGAGGAGACGUACAAGUCUUUCUCAAGUCUGAAGACGAAUGCCACGGCCGCUUCGCUCACCAUCGCUGCUCUCAUGCUGACGCUGUGUGGCGGCUUGACCACGGGCCUCAGCUUCUAUAUGAUGUAUACUAUGGGACGGCGAUAUUACUUAGACUUCGGAGUUCUGUCUGGUUUCACAUGCUUCUUGCUCGGUCUGCUGGGGUUCCGGUCCAGGAGGAACCAGUUGCUGCCCAACAGAAACUAUAUAUCAGGCUACAUAGUCUUGUCAUCGUUCUCGCUACUCAGCGCCUUCGGUCUGCUCCUGUUGCUGGUCAUCCAGCCGAAACCCGGAACAGCAUUGAACGACAUCACGUCUGGAGCAGUUUGCAGCAUCAGCAUACUGUCGCUGUGUCUGGCCUCAGUUGGUAUACUGGCCUCGUAUUGCUGCGCUAGGGAUCCUCCUGAUAACAGGGUUGGCACUGUUCGAUGGUACUGAACUAAAGAAGUCGACUUUGGUUUGUGGCAUUAUACAUAUAUGCGUUAAAGCAUACUCGUAGGUACAUGGUAACAUGGUUGGUACUGUUUGAUGGCACCCCAUACAUAUGUGAACGCAAUAGAAUUUCUAAAGCUAAUAUAAAAAUAGUUACAAAAGUAUCUACAUUUGGUAAAUUGGCCUCGUAUUGUUGUGCUAGGGAUUCUCCUGAUAACAGGGUUGGCACUGUUAGAUUGUACUAAAUCAAAAAAGUAUUAUCAACAGUGGUAUUAAACAUAAAUGUGUGAAAAUAGUGCACAGGUGCCCUGGUAGCACAGUUGGCACUGUUAUAUGGCACACCAUACAAGCGUGAAAGCAAAUGUUGUUUUUUAAAGCUAAUCUAAUAUUUAGUUACAAAAAUACCUGGAGUUGUCUGCAGCAUCAGCAUACUGUCACUGUGUAUGGCCUCAGUUGGUAUACUGGCCUCGUAAUGCUAGGAAUCCUCCUGUUAUCAGGGUUGGCACUGUUAGAUGGUACUAAAUUAAAUAAGUGAAUUUAUUAGGUAACAGUGAUAAUAAACAUAAAUGCGUGAAAGCAGUGCAUAGGUACCCUAGUAACACACGCACUUCAUAAAUGCAAAAAUGCAUUGCCUACUCUAAGCGCUCAGUACAAACCUAUAUUGAACCACAGAAUGGAAUACAUAUAUGGACAAGAAUUUUCCAAUUUUAGGUACUAAUAGUGCAUAUUAAAAACCUAAUAUGCACGCCACUGUCUGGUUGGAACUGUUAUAUGGCACCCCUUACAUGCGUGAAAUGCAUUUUUUUUUCAAUUAAACUAAUCAUAAUAACAAUAAUAACUGGAGUUGUCUGCAGCAUCAGCAUACUGUCACUGUAUCGGUCCUCAGUUGGUAUACUGGCCUCGUAUUGCUGUGCUAGGGAUCCUCCUGAUAAUAGGGUUGGCACUAUGAGAUGGUGCGGAUUUAAAUAAGUUUACAUAAUACCAAUGGCUUAAAAUUGAUGCGUGUAAGCAGUUUAUGGUAUUAAAUGAACUACUUUGGCAUCUACCUAACUAAUAUAAAUGCGAGAUCUACUCUAAAUUGAUGAGAUUAAGAUUAACUAUUUUAAUAUAAAUAGUAUAAAAUAUUUAAUUAAAAUAUUACAAGUAUAAAUAGAUAGAUACAAUCAGUAGCGUAACUAUACCAUCUGAGGCUCGUGGCGGAUUUAUAGGAUAAAAUCGUCACGCUUUUUUUUAAAUGUUAAAUUACUUCAGAGUUAAUGGCCUCGCGAGCUGGGCUGGGAUUUGUACAUAUGUUUUCUGUGGCUGGGAUUACUUUUUUGGACUUUUGUCGUAUGUUUUCUGUGCUUUUGUCCAAAAAAGUAAUCCCAUUAAAUAAAUAAUUUCUGUAGUGACUACCACUGACGGGAAGCCCCGGAUUAAGUGAGAUUGUGGAUUACAUUUUACAAAUUUUUGGUUUCACACAUAAGGGGCCUCUGUAGUCCGGAGGCCCCGUAUCAUUGAUACGGCUAAUGGGACGGUAGCUACGCCUCUGCCUGCCACCUUGUCACGCCACUGAAUACAGUGUUUUGUGUACCUAACUGUUUUAUAUACAUUUAUUAUGUGACCUAAGAUUAUUUAUAAGAAUGAAAUUGUAUUAAAAACUAAAAAACUACUCGUUUGUUUGUAUAAUUAAAAAUUGAAUAAUAUAAUGAACAUUAAUGUAUUUGUUUGAAUUUGGUAAUAAAUUUUAUAUUUGGAAUUAUAAAG